AUGACAAAACGAGCUAGAAAAGAUCGUUUAAGCAAUUGGGAUUUUGAUGGAAGUAAUGAUGUUACUAAUUAUCAAGAUGAUGAUAUAUCAGAACGAUCGUCAAUCACAUCUUUAGAAGGACAUUUUCGACAACCACCGGAAGGCCCUACUACUGCUGCUACUACUAUAAAUAAUCCUAAUAAACAAGAGGAAUAUCAAGAUCCUUACUAUACAGGAGAAGGACCUCAUACACUUCGUUAUUUUUACAAUGAAUUACCUGACGCUGGUGUACCAAUGGCUGUUCAAGCUAAAGAAGCAAAAAAAGAAGAGAAACAAAAAAUAAAAGAUGAAAUUGAAGCACGACGAGGUAGAGGAGCUCUUGUCGAAGGUCCAGGGAUGAAUCCACCUACUGAAAUGAAUGAUAAUUAUUAUCCUUAUUGGUAUUAUUAUAAAGCAAAAAAUCCUGAUUGGAUUAUGCGUCAACAACAAUAUGCAGAUGCAUCAUUUAUGCCUGCACUUGAUCCUACGAAAAAAAUUGAUCUUGCUGAUCCUGAAGAAUUCCCUGUCUCACCUAAAUUAACAAAAGCAACUCGAAAAGCACGUGAUUUUCUAUACACUGGUCGUGAUACACCUAAUAUGAUAUUUAAUCAAGAACGACGACGUUAUGAAAUGUUAGGAGAAGGUAAAGAUAAAAAAUCAGGUUUACCAACCGAUGCAGAUAAGAAUAAACAAGGAGGAACAUCAAAACAAUAUAUACCUUUAAAAGAUGGUGGUGGUGGUGGUGGUGGUGGUGGUGGUGGUGGUGGUGGUGGCGGUGGUGCUGGUGGUCCAAAUUCACGUCGAAAUGGUACAUAUUCAAGAACAGAUCCACGUGGUAAACUUCAAACUGAAUAUGAUUGGGCUGAACAUUAUACUAAUUAUAUGAGAAAUAAAUCAUCUAUGGAUCAUAAUUAUAAACCAAAUAUUCGAAUGAGAAAUCAUAGAAGUAGAAAGGAUUAUGAUCCACUUAAUGGUAUCUAUGGAAAGGACGAUCCAAAUAAUAUGAAUAAAGACGGGUUUGAUUUUGAUUAUGAUGAUGAUGACGAAUAUGGGAAUGGAACUGGAAAUGGAAAUAGAAGGAGAGGCAAUAAUCGUAAUGGAUAUGGGCGAAACGGUAAUUAUCGUAAUGGUAAUAGUACUUAUAAUGGUAAUCAACGUUCAACUUCUCAAUUUCAACAAUAUAAUACUUAUUCUUCUAAUCCUUAUUCUAAUCAACAAGGAAGUUUUAAUCAAAAUCGUUCUGCACCACUCAAUGGUCAAAGAGGAAUACAUCGUCAUACUCAUAAUCAUUCUACUCAUCAUAAUUUAUCGUCUAAAGAUUUUAACGGUGGUAAAUUUAAAGUUAAUGAUACUUCACUUGAUAAAUCUACAGCAAAUUUUCGAACAUUGGGAUUAAAUCCAACGGGUUAUGGACCACCAUCAAUUUAUAAUCAAAGUAAUUAUCUACCACCUAUUACACGUGAUUAUUUUGAUCGACCACAUCCAAUGGGCUAUUAUGGUACACAAGUACUUACUAAUGAUUAUAAUACUUUAUCAUAUGGACCUCAAAUAUAUAAAGCUGGUGUUCAAACAAAAUUUUAUGAUCGCUAUUUAAAUAACGUAAUAGAUAAACGAUUAUUUGCAUGA